GAGCAGAAGUAUUGGUUGCUAAGUUAAGAGGAGAUCCUUUGCCUAUUAUUCCAUCUGAAGAAAUACCUAAACCUUCUGUUAAACAAAAGUAUAGUUCACAGUUUUUCCCAGAAAUUGCUAGACAAAAUGCAGAAAGAACGCCUCCCAAAAUGAAGUUAUGCCUUUAAAUAUUGAAUUUAUAUCUUCAUUAUGAAUAAAAAUAUGAAUGCUGAAAACUUAUCAUAUUUAAGCUAUGAAAUAAAUGGUACUCGAUUUAUUGUACAAACUCUAUCUAAUUCAAUGGAUAUAACAAAGGUUGAAGGUACUAACGAUGAACAAGGUACAGGGAAUAUAAGUGAUGAAACAUCAUUUGGCAAAGAAGAAGAACCAAUUUCUUUGAUUUCUGUAGAUGGCCAAAUUUAUGCAUUUCAAAAUGGAGACUUUCAAGAACUUAAUCUCAGUCAUGUUGAUGGUCAAAUUGAAUUAUCAGAUAAAGCAGUUUUGUUAUCAAGAGAUAUAGAAAAUGAAGAAACACAGUUUAUUACCAAUGGAGCUAUAAUAAUAGAAAAUAUUGAUGAUGACAAUCAAGAACGUUAUGAGAUAGUUACUGAACAAAAUGAUAAAAAUUUUGUUAUGCAGAAGGAUGAUGUAAAUGCAAAUGAUUUUGUAGAAGUAGUAACAGCAUUUAAGUGUAAGAUAUGUACUUACACAACACAAGAUAGAGGAGAAUUGAUAGAGCAUUUUCAAAAAACACAUAUUAAUCCGACAGUAAAUAUAGAGGAAAAAGAAGAGUCUGUAAAUGUUGAUGAAGUAAAACUAGUUUACAUGUGUGGAGAGUGCUCUAGUUGUUUUCCUUCUUUAGAAGAUUGCAAAGAACACAUGAUAAAUGAUCAUCAACUAACUAAUACAGCUCCUGAAAAAGCAGUUAGAGAAUAUAUGACAAAUGAACUGAGAGAUCCUAAGCUACAUGUUGAGCAGAUAAAAAAUAAUUGUAAAAAUAAUCAAUUAAAACAAGAAGUAAAAGAUACUAAAUCUUUAAAUUCUGAAUGUAUACUUAACAAAAAAGCAAUUGAAUUGGCAGAAACAAAUGUAAGAUGUACAUAUCGUGGAUGUCCAUAUAAGUUUGCAACAGAAGAGAUAAUGCAGCAACAUGUUGCUUUUCAUACAGAAUCCCAAAGUGUAUCAGCAUUUAAAUGUAGUAUUUGUAGAGAUUUAAAAUUUACAAAAUGGAGACAGUGUAGUUUACAUCUGUGGAAGAAACAUGAAAUUGACGUAGGCCUUUUUACAUGUAAGAUAUGUAAAGCAUACAAAAGCGCUACAAUGGUGAAAUUGUUAACUCAUAUGAAGGUUCAUAGUGAAACUCGGGAAUAUGAAUGUUCAGAGUGUGGUAAAUGCUUUAAACAAGCAAGUCAACUACGUAAUCACCGAGUAAUGCAUUUAGAUCGAAAAACUUUAGAAGUAAAACGUUGGUAUACAUCAAAAAAAUGUGAUAUGUGUGGAAAAACUUAUGCAAAUUCCAAAUGUCUCAAAAGUCAUAUACAAGCAGUUCAUUCAAAGUUGCGUCCUUAUGUGUGCAAUGUUUGUGGUCAUUCUAGUGCUAGAAAGGCUAUGCUGCAGAUGCAUCUGCGACAGCACACAGGUGAUAAACCUUUUAGCUGUGAACUCUGUGAAUAUAGAACUGGUGAUCACAAUACGUUAAGACGUCACAUUAUGCAACAUACAGGCUUUAGACCAUACAAGUGUCCCCACUGUUCAUAUACAGCAAUUCAAAGUAGCAGUUAUAAGAAUCACUUGAAAUCAAGACAUCCUCUGUUAUCUGGUUUAUUCACAUGUGAUUCUUGUUCUUUUAAAACAGUUAAAAAAGAAAGUUAUAUACAACAUGUUCAUGAUCAUGAAAAGGGUUUAAUUAAAGCAAAUAUACAAAAGAAAGACGAUGAAAAUGUCGAAGUAUUUCCUGGUAAUAUUGCAGCAGCACAACUGAUUUACAGUUGUUUAGGUGCCUUCUCGAAAGUUGGAGAUACAUUAGAAGCUAAUUUAAUGUCUUCCUCGACAUCUGCUGAUGGUACAUCACAAACAAUCACAAUUCAGAUACCAUCAAAACAUCUUGAAAAUUCAUUGUCAUCAAGAGAAAAUAUUAAAAGUAGUUCUGCGAUAGAGCAAGAAGAUGAAGAAACAAUGCACUGUUUUUUAAAACUACCAAGAGAGGAAGAGGAAAAUAUUGAUACUGGUGGUAUAACGAUACCAGCAGAACCGGAAAUCUCUACUUCUGCAACAAUUGAUAUUGAUUAAUAAAAGAGUGUGUAUAUAUAUAUAUAGUAAUAAGGAAGAAUAAAAUCUUUGUAUACUAUAAGUUAUACAGAUGCUAUAAUAGCGAAUGAAUGAAGGAAUACUAGUCAUACGUUACUUAUUAAUAAUUAUAUUUGUUUUUAUUACAUUUAUAGAAUAGUUAAUUAAUAUAGAAAAUAAUCUAAUGUGAUACUAUUUUUGGAAACAUAUAUUUGUUCCGAAUUUAUAGCAUGCUAGUACUUGUGUUAUAUACAAUUGCAUAUAUUUUUAAAAAUUCAUUAAUUUAUCAUCACAGUUAUAUGUAGUUUAUUUAGUAAUUAAUUAUGAGAUUUGACAAUUAAAUUUUAUAAUGAAAUUAUUAACGAAUAACUCUCUCUCUCUCUAACAUAUACUGUAUGAUUUUUUUUAGAUGAUUAUUAAAUAAGUGAACGUUUUUUAAUUAUUACUUUAAGUUUUAAGUUUAAGAUCUAUGUUUCUUAUUUAAAAAUAGAAAUUGGUAUUAAAUACUACCAACUUCUAAAUUAUCUUCUAAAUUAAUUUACUAAUUUAAGCAAUAACGUAAUUUAUAUAAAUUUUAAUUUAACAUUCUUAAAUGUGUAAGAUUUUAUUUUUUUAAUUGGAGAAAUGUUUACAUAAAUUUAACUUAUGAAAUUCUAGAAUGUUUCUUAGAAAGUAUGUAAAAAAUUAGUAAUAAUAUGUAAAAGAAAUUGUAAAAUAAUAGUCUGAAAAUUGUUACAAGUGGGAUUAAAAGCACAGUACAUUGCUUAUACGACCAAAGAAAAAUAUUUUUGGUUUUACUCAAUUAUGGAUAAUUAACAUUUUUUGAUUAUAUUAAGUACUAAAAUAAACUUAAUUAAGAGAUAAAAACAGAACUGUUUUAUACGAUUGCAUAAUACAAUCGUAAAAAUCAAAUAUCGAUCGAUCGAUAAAUUUCUUAACACUUAGAUUAGAAUAAUUUUUAAUUCAAAUUUGCGCGGCAAUUUUCCAAGUUCGAUUAUUCAAUACCAAGAAGAAUCGAUAUUUGAAAAUAUUCGAGUAAUCGUCAUAACAAUUUUAAUAAUAGAAUCGUGUCGAAGUUGUGAUAACGUUACGAACUCGUCGACGAAAGCGAAUGUAAACAAAACAAAAGAUCGCUAAAUGUUUGACCUCGAGCGGAGGUCGGUAUUUAACAUUUCUCAGUUGUUCGUAGUAUCACUGCCAGUGUAUUUCUCGGGUCUCCUCAAAAUUUCGUUUUAAUAUAUUUUCCUUUAUUUUCUUUUUACAUUUAUUUUAUUUUUACUUAAUUUUUAUAGAUUAUGCAUAUUCAGAAAAGAGUUUCCGUACGCAGCAAUUUCCUUGUGAUGAGAACUGGACAAUCGAUAUUAUUUGCGUUGUAAUAAAAUUUUGUAUAUAAUUGUAAACAACGGAAUCAUUUGUUUCGAAUCGUUAAUCGAUAAGGCAGAGCACGAUGCGAAAAAGAUAUCCAACAUUUCUCCCACACAAUCUCUUUCAACAUCUUCAUUUUCACUUGCAUCUUCGGCAGUUUGGAUGGUAUAAACAUCUGGAUUUCUGCAAGUAAGGAAGGAUAACAUCACAUUUAUAAUAGAUGUUGGAUAAUAAAAAACUGCAUUAUAUUUUAUUACCAUUUUAUGUAGAAUUCACUUGCUUGUUUCUUUCACAAAAAUCAUAUAAAUAACAUAGCAGAACAAAAGGAAAAUUCAUAAAACAUUUCAUUGUGCUAAUUUUAAAAGAAUUGCUUCACUUGUCAGAGUUAUGAUAUAUUUUGUCAAUGAAAUUCGUAAAUAUUUAAAUAUAGUCUCUGUUAUGAUUUAGAUUAUAUUAUACAUAAGUGGAUGUCAAGGUUAAGUCAUGUGUCACAUCACAAAUCAAUAUAUAAGUAGACGUGGAGCUAUUACUAGUACAAAAGGGAUAUAUUGAAGCAUUUAAAUUAAAGCAGAAAAGAAAAGAAAAGAAAAGAAAAAAAAAAGAAAGAAAAUUUUAUAAAAAGAAGAUUACAUUUACCUGAUAAACACUCUACUGCAAAGACAAUAAAUGUAACAAUCGGGGUCAGGGGACUCCGCCUGUUCUGCUAUAUAAACUUCAGCUAAAGGUUCCCAAAAAUGUUCGCACAUACCGAAAAUGUAUAGUGAUCUUUCAUACAAUAAUAAUUUAUCACAACACCCAUA